ACGGAUACCGAGGAAGGAGGAUCUAGAGAGAGCUAAAACUCAGCCUCUGAGCACACACCCUCCUACACAAACACACACACACACACACACACACCUGUAACCCCAGCACAUUGUUCAGACAGUCCAGAGGAGGACUUCACUCUGGGCAGAGGCACAAUUGAACACCAAAAUCCCCACCUCUUCCCUGCUGGGAUCUCAGAAGUCAGUUGGCUUUGACUUCAGAAGAAAAUAAAAAUGCAUUUCUGACUGAGAGUGAAGUGAGUGCUGGGUCCUGCAGAGAUACAGAGGAGAUCAUCUGACAUCUUCUUCACUUACCAGAGUCCAAAGGAGGCUGGACAAAGGAGAGGGAAGGCUCGAUUCUGGAAAAUGGAACACACUGCACAGGUUUGGCGCGUGCAGGAAAUAGCUGGGGAGCUACAGAAGAAGGUGUCGGUGAUGGGCCAGCCAGAGUGCUCCAUCUGCUACAACACUUACGACAAUGUCUUUAAAACACCAAAGCUGCUGGAGUGCACCCACACCUUCUGCCUGGAGUGCCUCUCCCGCCUCAUGGUUGUCUCACAGGCCGACUACGACAGCAGCAGUGGCAGCAUGCGCCUCUCCUGCCCCUUCUGCCGCCACCCCACCAUUCUCUCCGAGGAGGGACCCCCGGCGUUGGCCACCAGCCGCGAGGUCCUGUGCAAACUUCCCCACCACCAGCAGCAAGAGGAGCCGGUGUGGCUGGAGGGCGAGAAGCUGUGCUACAAAAGCUCCGGGCACAGCACUGGUCUGGACACUCCCGACAGUCCCACGGGCUUCUGCAUCUGCAUUGAUAUUGGAACAACCAAGACAGUGGACGCACCAAUCCAGACACAGUCAAACACAUAUAGCCUGCUGGGCCGGCUGGCAGAAUGGAAGAGGCUGGUGCUCUUCAUUGUGCUCAUUGUGCUGCUCAUUAUCAUCGUGUUGUGGCCUCUACAGUGUGCUUUCACCACAGGAAACAUGCGCUGUAAACGAGAAACCAUCAACCCCAUGAUGACUACAACCACCGCUACUUACAACCCUUCCACCAGACCGCCUAGACCCACAGAGUAACUGGACUAAUGUGUAUAAUAUUGUAUGACACUCAUAUUUUUUUUUUCAUAAAGGGCACUUGAUUAUUACUACAGACAGCAGUAAUCUACCAUAGUAUAUAAAAAUGGAUAUACGUUUUAGUGAUGCAAAAAAUGUGCAAUUCCAGCUUUCAAACACACAGUGUCCACUCACAUGUGCUGUACUUGCAUCACUUUUCCUCUACACAGGAAAAAUGAUUUACAAAUAUUGACAAAGACCUGAAACUAGCUGUUGAGACCAUUGAGUUCAUUUUUUAUAUACAGUCUAUGUAAACAACAAAGAUUCUAAACUUUCAUCAGAAGUUCAUAUGUUAAAGCCACUAUGUGGUUUAUUUUUUUUUUAUUAAAUGUCUGACUUUAUUGCCCCCUAGUGGUAGUUUAUAGACAGACUGCAGCAAUUAUCCGAGGACAUGUGUUAUGAUAUUCCAUAUGCACAUUUGCAGCUUUAACUCAACAAAGCACAACUUUGAGUGGUUCAUGGCGACCUGUAAAAGACAGUUACUGCUAUUAUUGAUGUUCCACAGAAGCAUGUUGGGAGAAUCAAACACAACCGCUGACACACGCUGUAGUUUGAAAUGAGAAAACAGGGUUUUAGAUCUGGCUGGUGUGUUUGAAUAUUCAUAAGGGAAUCAGUUUCUUUUCUAGCAUCAGUGUUAAGUCAGUGUUCCCCACACGUUUAAAAUACUGACUUUCAUUCAUGAUGUGAAUUUUCUGCUUUGUAAAUACGUGGCUGAUGAACAGUCAGCGGCUAGUCAUGUUUAUAGUGAUUACCAAGUAUAUCACAAAUGAGAAUGUAUGUGAUCCUAAUGUGCCAACUUUUUUUGUUUUGUUUUUGUAUUUGUAUAUUUGUAUUUUUUAUGACUGUGUCCUUGUUUACAGAAGUGUAAAGCGAGGUUCCAACUCAGAUCAUGUUUUUGAGAAAUAAAAUCCUUGUGAAUAACAACCUCA